UUGACCUUCACGAUCACUGAGAGGAGAAAUGGCUCAGAGAGGAAACCAACUGGACCGAGAGAAAUUCUGCUGUCCCAUCUGUCUGGAUCUCCUGAAGGAUCCGGUGACUACUUCCUGUGGACACAGCUACUGCAUGAAGUGUAUUAAAAGCCACUGGGAUACACAGGAUGAGAAGAGAGUCUACACCUGCCCUCAGUGCAGACAGGUCUUCAUACCGAGGCCUGUCCUGAGUAAAAACACUGUGUUAGCAGAUUUAGUGGAGGAGCUGAAGAAGACUGGACUCCAAGCUGCUCCUGCUGAUCACUGCUAUGCUGGACCUCAAGAUGUGGCCUGUGAUGUCUGCACCGGGAGAAAACUGAAAGCCUGUAAGUCCUGUCUGCAGUGUCUGGCUUCUUACUGUGAGAAACACCUCCAGCCUCAUUUUGAUGCAGCUCCAUUUAAGAAACACAAGCUGGUGGAGCCCUCCAAGAAGCUCCAGGAGAACGUCUGCUCUCGUCAUGAUGAGGUGAUGAAGAUGUUCUGUCGCACUGAUCAGCAGUCUAUCUGUUAUCUCUGCUCUGUGGAUGAACACAAAGGUCACGACACAGUCUCAGCUGCAGAAGAAAGGAGCGAGAGGCAGAGAGAGCUCGAGGUGAGUCGACAAAACAUCCAGCAGAGAAUCCAGGACAGAGAGAAAGAUGUGAAGCUGCUCCAACAGGAGGUGGAGGAUAUCAAUGGCUCUGCUGAUAAAACAGUGGGGAACAGUGAGAAGAUGUUCACUGAGCUGAUCCGUCUCAUGGAGAAACGACGCUCUGAUGUGAAGCAGCAGGUCAGAUCCCAGCAGCAAACUGAAGUGAGUCGAGUCAGAGAGCUUCAGGAGAAGCUGGAGCAGGAGAUCACUGAGCUGAAGAGGAAAGACGCUGAGAUGAAGAAGCUCUCACACACAGAAGAUCACAACCAGUUUCUACACGACUACCCCUCACUGUCACCACUCAGUGAAUCUACACAUUCAUCCAGCAUCAAGAUCCGUCCUCUGAGGUACUUUGAGGACGUGACAGCGGCUGUGUCAGAAGUCAGAGAUAAACUACAGGACGUCCUGAGAGAGAAAUGGACAAACAUCUCACAGACAGUGACUGAAGUGGAUUUUUUACUGUCAGAACCAGAGAACAUGACCAGAGCUGAGUUCUUAAAAUAUUCAUGUGACAUCACACUGGAUCUAAACACAGCAAACUCACUGCUGUUAUUAUCUGAUGGGAACAGAAAAGUAACAGCAAUGAGAGAACAUCAGUCUUAUUCUAGUCACCCAGACAGAUUCACUGAUUGUUGGCAGGUCCUGAGUAAAGAGAGUCUGACGGGAUGUUGUUACUGGGAGGUGGAGAGGAGAGGAAGAGGAGUUUCUGUAGCAGUCACAUACAAGAAUAUCAGCAGAGCAGGGGGCUCAGAUGAAUGUUUGUUUGGAGGUAAUGACAAAUCUUGGAUGUUAGAUUGUUACAACAACGGAUAUAACUUUUGUAACAACAAAGUCUGCACUCCUGUCUCAGGUCCUGAGUCCUCCAGAGUAGGAGUGUACCUGGAUCACAGAGCAGGUAUUCUGUCCUUCUACAACAUCUCUAAAACCAUGACUCUCCUCCACAGAGUUCAGACCACAUUCACUCAGCCUCUACAUGCUGGACUCGGGUUAGAUUAUCAUGUUGGAGACUCUGCUGAGUUGUGUAAAUUGAAAUCACGAUCACUAAGAGGAGAAAUGGCUCAGCAAGGAAACCAACUGGACCGAAAGAAAAUCUGCUGUUCCAUCUGUCUGGAUCUCCUGAAGGAUCCGGUUACUAUUUCCUGUGGACACAGCUACUGCAUGAAGUGUAUUAAAAGCCACUGGGAUACAGAGAAAAAUAAGAAAAUAUACAGCUGCCCUCAGUGUAGGCAGACCUUCACACCGAGGCCUGUCCUGAGGAAGAACACCAUGUUAGCAGAUUUAGUGGAGGAGCUGAAGAAGACUGGACUCCAAGCUGCUCGUGCUGAUCACUGCUAUGCUGGACCUCAAGAUGUGGCCUGUGAUGUCUGCAUCGGGAGAAAACUGAAAGCCUAUAAGUCCUGUCUGCAGUGUCCGGCCUCUUACUGUGACAAACACCUUCAACCUCAUUUAGAAGCUCCUCCAUUAAAGAAACACAAGCUGGUGGAGCCCUCCAAGAAGCUCCAGGAGAACAUCUGCUCUCGUCAUAAUGAGGUGAUGAAAGUAUUUUGUCGCACUGAUCAGCAGUCUAUCUGUAAUCUCUGUUUAAUGGAUGAACACAAAGGUCACGACACAGUCUCAGCUGCAGCAGAAAGGAGCGAGAGGCAGAGAGAGCUCGAGGUGAGUCGACAAAACAUCCAGCAGAGAAUCCAGGACAGAGAGAAAGAUGUGACGCUGCUUCAACAGGAGGUGGAGGCUAUCAAUGGCUCCGCUGAUAAAACAGUGGGGAACAGUGAGAAGAUCUUCACUGAGCUGAUCCGUCUCAUGGAUAAAAGACGCUCUGAUGUGAAGCUGCAGGUCAGAUCUCAGCAGCAAACUGAAGUGAGUCGAGUCAGAGAGCUUCAGGAGAAGCUGGAGCAGGAGAUCACUGAGCUGAAGAGGAAAGAUGCUGAACUGGAGAAGCUCUCACACACAGAAGAUCACAACCAGUUUCUACAUGACUACCCCUCACUGUCACCACUCAGUGAAUCUACACUCUCAUCCAGCAUCAAGAUCCGUCCUCUGAGGUACUUUGAGGACGUGACAGCGGCUGUGUCAGAAGUCAGAGAUAAACUACAGGACGUCCUGAGAGAGAAAUGGACAAACAUCUCACAGACAGUGACUGAAGUGGAUUUUUUACUGUCAGGACCAGAACCAGAGCCCAAGACCAGAGCUGAGUUCUUAAAGUAUUCAUGUGACAUCACACUGGAUCCAAACACAGCACACACACGGCUGUUAUUAUCUGAUGGGAACAGAAAAGUAACAUUAAUGAGUGAAGAACAGUCUUAUUCUCGUCACCCAGACAGAUUCACUGAUUACUGUCAGGUCCUGAGUAAAGAGAGUCUGACUGGACGUUGUUACUGGGAGGUGGAGUCGGGGGGGAAAGGAGUUUAUAUAGCAGUCGCAUACAAGAAUAUCCGCAGAGCAGGGAGCUCACAUGAAUGUUUGUUUGGACUUAAUGACAAAUCUUGGGAGUUAGAUUGUGACAGCGACAGUUAUAACUUUUGGUACAACAAUGUCAGCACUCCUGUCUCAGGUCGUCUGUCCUCCAGAGUAGGAGUGUACCUGGAUCACAGAGCAGGUAUUCUGUCCUUCUACAGCAUCUCUAAAACCAUGACUCUCCUCCACAGAGUCCAGACCACUUUCACUCAGCCUCUACAUGCUGGACUCUGGAUUGGCUUGUGUGUUGGAGCCUCUGCUGAGUUGUGUAAACUGAAAUAGACAGAAGUCAUUCACGAGA